GCAAGACAUAUAGGAAUUUUAUAAUGACUAUUGAAUGAAGAUAAUAAGAUGUUAACAUUGGAUUGGAUUAGGGAACAAAUAUAUUGGGAAUCGGCUGGUUUUUAAAAGUAGUCCUCUUGUUUAUCUCAGUUUUCAUAUCUGGAAAGAAUAUGGCAAUUUUGGGUAGAUAUAUGAAAUUCUGAGUAGAAAUGGAGCAGUGAAAUAAAGGUAAGGGGAGAAUAAAGAUAUGGAUAUGAAUUUUAUCUAUGUACACUCUCUUGUAAUAAAGCGGAAGGAGGGGGCAUGGAGUGGGAAAAGACAGUGUUGUGUUGUACUGUAUGGUGUUGUGAAGGAGAACGAAAAUGUGGAGUUUUUUUAGUUCUUCAUUUUCCCUCCACACCUUUAAUUGUGAUAAUUAAAUAAGGGACAAGGUGUUGUCCAAUUCAAUGCUAUAACUUGUAACUUUAACUAUGAAUUCCUGCAUAUAUAUAUAUGAUUCUAUGUUUCAAAUUUAGAAAAUAGUUUCCUAGUCGCUAAAAGUUUGGCCUGCUAAUGCCAUGUAAUUAUAGUUAAUCCUCCCAAGUUUUGAAUGAGUGUUUUUGCAGGGCUGGAAGUUAAUGAAGGAAGUUGAUCUUUGUUGCUUCAAAGGGUUCUGACUAGAAUUGGUGGUAUAAAGAGCUAGGAGGGAAUGUAAGUGGGUGUUUUGAACUAUUGUAACUGGGUUGAAUGGAUGUAUAAACUCUAGAUCAAGGUUGUCAACCCACGGAUCGACCCGGGUUGGCCCGGAACAUAAAAAACGGGCUAAAUCCACCCAAUUCAACAACAGCCCGGAACAGGUCAAACCCGCUGAAACCCGGUCAAACCCGGUGGAACCAGGGCGGUUGGCCCGGCUGACCGGGUCAGCGGGCUGAACUGCUGCUGGCCGUUUCAGCUUAUGCAACACUGUCACUGGGGACGAUGCGAGAAGCAGGGACGAAGGAAGGAAGAAAGUCAGGAAACCCUUUUCGGCCCCUCCUCCUUCCAUUCUCGCUGUCUCACGACUCCACUUCCUGUCCCGCAGUCUCCAACGUACGCAGCUGCGCCAUUCUCCCUUAAUCGGCGUCGGUGGCGUGCUCGUUCUUCCGUCCCGCUGUCUCCACCUCCAGCAUCUGCGCUGGUUCUCCCAUCCCAGGUGGCCGACUCUAGUUCGCCGACAGUCGACCAAAACCGUUGCCAAAAAAUUUAAGUACAACAGGGUCAGCGGCGGUGGGUUGGUUGUCGGUAAAUAUUUUACGACGAUUCCGACCGUCGUUAAAAGUCCGGAUGACCGUUGCUAAAGCUUUGUUUUGUUGUCGUGUUCAAUAAGUAGAUUGAUGAGAUGAAUUUUAUUGAUCACAAAGUGUCAGGUUCAUUAUACGUGGUGGAACAAAUAGCAGGCUAAUCCUAUAGUCAGGAGAAUUGAUAAGGGGUGUUGGGGAAUGAAGAGUGGAUGACGAGGUUCACACUUGAUUUUGUUUGGACAACUACUCUAGGGGUGUCAAAUCAUUGUGAAUUGUCGCGUAGAUCAAUAUCUCCUGUAGAUACUCUUUCGAAGCAAUUUAAAUACUUAGAAUUCAGGAAGCUUAAUCCUACAUACAAUGGCAUUGUGAAGAAGUUUUGGGAUACUUCUUAGGCUGGCUACCCAUAUUACAUCUUCUAUGGCAAGAUUUGACAAGUGAAGCGAGGGUUGAAGAAGCUUGAUGGGGCGAAUAUUCAUAUCUAUCAAAGUUGAUCGUUAACUUAGCGACGUGGCAAUUAAGAAAUAAUAAAUAAAAUAAAAUUUAAUCUAUUUU